ACAGUGGGUUAGAGCGCCCUUCUGGUCGUAGCCUCGUCGUACACUAGUGUGUAGGAUUCGAACUGCCCCCAGCUGGUGUGUGAGACACUGAGUGGGAAAUGCAGAGACAGCAAAGCAGAGCACUACCCGAAUAGACACAGCUACUGAGCAGAGAGACGCCGCCGCCUAAAAAAAAGAACCGACCGACAUUUCAGGAGAGAUUCCUUUACAGCUUCACUGCAAAGCACGACACAUUUGUCUGGCUGCAUUCACAGCAAAGAACUGCCCUGCCUGAUCAUCAAUAUUACCGGCGUACACAAGAAACAUGGGAGGCAAGCUGAGCAAAAAGAAGAAGGGAUAUAAUGUGAACGACGAGAAAGCAAAAGACAAGGACACUAAGGCUGAAGGGGCAACAGCAGAAGAAGGAGAGGCACAGAAAGAGAACAAGGAGGAGAUCCCAGCAGUGGCGGAGACUAAAGAAGGAACAGAUGAGAAAACAGAUAAAGACUCCAAGCCUGAUGCCAACCAGACAGAUACCAAGGCCGAGAACAAGGAGGAACCAUCUAAAACUGAGGGAGAGAAGGCAGCUUCUAAUUCUGAGCCAAAGGCUGAGCCCCCUCAGAGUACAGAGCAGGCCAUACCCAAGCAGGAAGAGCAGAAGUCGGCAACUCCUGCAGUAUCUCCACAAGCUAGUGAGGCCCCUGCCCCUGCUGUUUCAGAGCCUAGUGCAGAUGUAAAAGCCCAGGCUCCUGCACCACCCAUUGCAGUUAGCAAAGCAGAAGAGAAGAGCGCCAGUAAGGAUGAGGUCCAGGCCAAAAAGACUGAGGCCCCCGCUGCUCCAGUAGCCCAGGAAGCUAAAAGUGAGGCACCAGCCCCAGAGCCAAAGCCCACGGAAGCAGCUGCUGCUGCCGCUGCCACUGCCUCAGCCCCACCUCCCAAGGAGGCCCCAGUCAAGGAGGUAGCACCUAGUACAACCCCUGUAGCCACCGACAGUGCCGUCCCAGCACAGGAGGUUAAAGCCACAGAGGUUCCCCUUGCUAACCAGGAUAAAACCGUAGCAGUUCAAGAAUAAUGGACAGCCUCUUUAAAAAAAAAAAAAAACAAAACAAAAAAAAACCUGCAUUCUCUUUCUGCUGUACAAACGAACUUGAUCAAAGUCCGUUUUACCCACACCACCUUUCAUGUCCAAUGGAAUACCACACCACCCCCUCAGCCUGAAGUUUCAUCAGGAAAUGUCUCAGUUCACAAAAAAAUCAUUGUUUUUUUUUCCUGGACUCUUGUGUUGCAGAUGCCUGAAAAUGAAAUGGAAGAGGUAGAAUCUACUAACCAUAUAUGCACUCUGCCAGUACCAUUAAGACCCUUAAGGUUUCUAUGUUUUCAUCUCUGCCUGUUGGGUCAGUGCUAAGGCAAUCAGAUCUUGUUUUUUUUUGUAUUGUUACUUAUGUUUUGUCUGUAUGUUUUAUACAGGUAAUAACCAUCACAUUCAACACAAUUAGAACGGAAGCAUUCCAGAUUACAGUGCCAAUUUGAAAGUAGAAUUUGUUUCUCUUUCUCUUUCUUCCUAUCACUCCAGUGUCUUUAAUUUGGGACAUAUCUACCAUAUAUAGUCUACUUAGAUUUAUCUAUAUGUAUGUAUAUAUAUAUAUCUUUCUUGCUCUUUGUUUCUGUCUCUUUCUCCUUCUAUCUUGACAAGUUAAUGCAUGUCCGUGGUUGGGUGCACCUGUAGUUCUGUCUUUCGGUCAAGUGGAAAUGGAAAAAAAAAUUAAAAUAAAAUGUCUGCAUUCAUUGCCAUUCCAGUCUCUCUUCCAUACCGUGUCACUGACACUACCCCACCACUCACUGAUAUAAAAGUAAAAAAAAAAAAAGAAUUGUAACAUGGAUUCAUUCAAAUUCUAUGUAAUUGUAUAAAUGGUGCAACAGUAAUAAAAUGUAAGUAAUUAAAAACAA